AUGCCCGUGUGGGUCUCCUCACUUUCCACAUCUGCAAGAUUCCAUACGCUAUGUGUUGGUCAAGAAAUGGCAAAAGAGGACGAUCUCCCAGACAAGGAAAGCCAGGGAGCUCAGACAGCAGAAGUCGAAACAAGGUUGAUUGACACAGAUAUACUUGCCUUACCACCGAGAACCUCAAGUGGAUAG